GUUGAGGAUCAAAAUGUCUUCUAGACUCCAGGCUGAGGUCUGGACCGAGGAGAUCAUUUGCCCGAUUUGUCUGGAUUUCUUCACUGAUCCUGUUAGCCUGGGCUGUGGCCACAACUUCUGUCGCUCCUGCGUCACACGGAGUUGGGAAAAGCAGGACAAAAACUGCUGUACUGUUUGUCAGGAGACUUUUCCAGAAAAGAACCUGAGAGCCAGUUGGGCCUUGGCGAGUCUCGCAGAGAAAGCACGAAAAUUGAGCCUGACCCGACACAGUCGGCAGUUAAAAGUCAGUGUGAGAAACACCGGGAGCAACGAUAAAGUGAAAUCCUUCUUAGAUUCUCUCACAGAGAGGAAGGAAACUGCUCUACAAGCUGAAGCCAAACAGAGAGAAAAGAUUUCACAACUGAAGGAACAGGUGAAAAGUCUGCAGUCCCACGUCACGGGAGAGUUUGCUAAAAUGCACCGGAGUCUUACUGACAUAGAGCAGCGAGUGGUGCGAGAUCUCAGACAGCGAGAGGAGGAGAUUUUAAAACGAAUGGAGACAAAUCUGCGAGAGAUUCAGGGCAAAUUAGAUUCUGUUCAACAAGAGCUCUCCGAGUUACAGACACAGAUGGGAAAAGACGAUCUCACCUUCCUGCAGGAGGAAGCUUCUGGCAACACAAGGGUCAGUGACGAUGGGUUCGAUCUGUCAGUGUGUGAGGCUGAGCUGCCUGUGGGGAUACAAAAAGGGCUUAUGCAGUACACAGCCUGGAGACAGAUGAUACACGGCAUCAGCCCAGCUCCGGCCUCUCUAACUCUGGAUCCUGAUACAGCCCAUCCCAACCUCAUUCUGUCUGAGGACCUGACCAGCGUGAGAGACGCAGACGAAGAACAGCAGCUGCCUUACUCCCCGAAGAGAUUUGAUUCCUGUACCUGUGUCCUGGGGACUGAGGGCUUCACAUCAGGGAGACAUUACUGGGAGGUGCAGGUGGCCAACAAGACUGAUUGGGAUGUGGGAUUGGCCCGAGAGUCUGUCAACAGGAAAGGAUUGAUCACACUGUCACCAGAAGAUGGAUUCUGGGCUGUGACACUGAGAAACGGGGAUGAAUAUGAAGCUUGUAUAUCACCUCCCACCCGACUGUCCCUGAGAGGGAGACCCGGGAAGCUGGGAGUGUUCCUGGACUAUGAGGGGGGACAGGUGACAUUUUACAACGCCGAUAACAUGUCUCAUCUCCAUACUUUCACCCAGAAUUUCACUGAGAUACUCUAUCCUUACUUCAGUCCCAGUUUGAAUUAUGACGGCAAAAACUCAGAGCCUCUGAGGAUCUGUGGGUGACAGAUUAAUGAG